AUGUCUAGAAUACCAGAAAAGUUGAUACAAGAUUCGUCGUUGCCUUCGACGCCGAUCGGAUUCUUUGAGAGAAUGAAAAAACAAAGAUCGAUGGUGUCGAUGGGUGAAUUCCCACCGGAAGCACCACCCACACACAUGGUAACUCAAGUGUUAGAGAAGACUUCCAACGAUACCGAUGAUCUUGCUAAGCGUAUUAAAAAUACACCUGUAUAUCAACCUUUGACAACUGCAACAACAACAACUACAACAACAACUACAACAACAACAGAUAAUGCUCCAACAACAACAACAACGGAGGAAAAUGAUGAUGAAGAGAAAAUCAUUAUUUUCAAACCAAAGAAUGUUUCACGUUUGACUGCAAAGCGACAGGCUUGGGAUGACUAUGCUUUCCUUUUCAAUCGUGAGGAGGUGCGUGCUUGGCUGGAGGAGUGUUUGGAUCACUCGUUCGAAGAGGAAGAUCUGUUCCAAGCGUUGAUCGACGGUAUUUGGCUGUGCAAGUUGGCAAACAUCAUCAAACCGGGCAUUAUAAAGCGUAUUCACAAGAAGAACAGUCCAUCCUACAUGAAACUGGAGAAUAUCAACUUCUUCCUCUGUGCGUGCUUGGAGCUUGGUGUCCUACCGGACUAUCUAUUCUUACCGACCGAUCUCUACGAAAAGAAGAAUCUAAAGAAAGUAAUCUAUUGUUUAUUAGCAUUAUCAAUUGAAGGUGGAAAGAGAGGAUUCAAACACAAGUUAAAUAUUACUGUGUUUAAUAAUGAUAAGAUAGGUAGAUCAGGUAGUAGUAGUAGUGGAUCAACAACAAUAGAGACUAUUGAAGAUAUUCCACUACCACCUACAUUGACAAUGAAAAAGAGAAAAAAGAAGAAACCUGCUUCUGCAACUUUAAAGAAGGCUGCUCCACAACAACAACAACAACAACAACAACAACAACAACAACAACAACAACAACAACAACAACAACAACAACAACAGCCACAACCUACAACAUCAUCCUCUACAUCUUCUUCAUCCACUGCAUCUCCAUUAUCAAAUAACACCAACAUUUCAUAUUCUAAUCCAAUUGAUUUAGAAUCUACAACCAAAACAACUUCGUCUGAAUCAAACAAUAUUUUGUUAAACAACAACAACAACAAUAGCAAUGACAGCAUUAGUAAUAUCAGUAUCAAUAACGAUGUCAGUAACAAUAGCAAUAGCAAUAACAUUAACAAUAAUAGCAAUAACAUUAGUGACUAUUCCAGUCAAACUUUGGCAAUAUCAUCUAUUGAUACAGAUAGUUCAAGUAAAGUUAACAGUAGCUGUGUUUUGGAAAAUGUAGAACAGUCAUCUAAAGAAUCAAGUGAGAUGACUCCAAUUCCACCAUUAUCAAAUAAUAAUAAUAAUAAUAAUAAUAAUAAUAAUAAUAAUAAUAAUAAUAAUAAUAAUAAUAAUAAUAGUGAUAACGAUGAAAAGUCAUCUGUAGUUGAUUCAAGUGUAACAAAACAACAAGAAGAUUUGAAUAUAGUUCUAAUUGGUGAUAUUAGUAAUAAUAAUAAUUAUGGUGCUAGUAUUUGUAUUAGUAAUAAUGAUAGUAAUCAAUCGGAAAAUAGUAAAUCAAUUGUAGAAUCAACAAACGAGUCAUCAAAGAUUAAUGAUAUCAGUGAGAAGAACAACAAUACAUCUGUUGUCGUAUUAGAGAAAACAACAGAAAUAACUACUGUCACUGAGACUGUUAUCACCGAGGAACUAAUUACCGGUGAGAUAGCUAAUGGUAUUAUUACUAAUAAUAAUAAUAAUAUGGCCAACAACAAUAUCUCUGUAAAUAGCGUACAACAAUCAGAAACAACAACUAACAAUAACAAUAACAAUAACAAUAGCAAUACUUAUGAUAAAGAGAGUAUCAAUCAUACUGAUAUUCCAAUAUCAUCAUCACAAUCUACAACCUCUUCCUCACAAUCACCUUCAAUUAAAGAUGAUAAUAAUAACAUUGUUGCUUCCACAACUAGUUCAACUGAACCAACUAAAGUAUCAUCAUCAUCAUCAUCAUCAUCAUCAUCAUCAUCAUCAUUAGGCAAUAAUGAUAAUAUUAAUAACAUCAAUAAUAAUACAAAUAUUAGUAAUAGUACAUACAACAACAACAAUUUAAAUAAUAGCGAUAGUAAUAAUAAUAAUAGUAAUAGUGGAGGUAACAAACAAAGAGGUGUAUCUUUAACUUCAUUUUUAAAAUCAAAGAAAGAGUUUGAUCAACAACAACAACAACAGUCAAACCAACAAUCCAAUACAUCACCAUCAUCAUCAUCAUCAUUCUCAUCAUCUACACAACAAACAAAACCAAGAGGAUCAUCUAUGAUUUUAGGUAAUCAAAGAUUGACACCUACAUCCACACCAACACCAACAUCUACAUCAUCGACAUCACCAUCAUCUUCAUCUACAGAUUCAUCAGUUGCUACAAGACAGACAUCUACUUGGGUCGACACAAGAAGAUCAUCAGUGGAGUUAUUUAAGAAUAAUUCAUCAUCUUUACAGCAACAACAACAACAACAUCAUCAUAGACAUACUAUUACAUCAGGAUCUAGUAGUAGUAAUAGCAGUAGUAAUAAUAUGAUUGAUUUAAAGACUUUAUUUAAUACAAAGUUUGAUAUCACUAAAGUAGAUGAAGAGGAAGAGGUAGAAUUGGUAGUAGAGGAGAGUGAAGAUUCUUCGGAUGAGUUUGAAUCGGAUUCCUCUGACGAGUAUGAACCAUUGGUGACUGGAAAUGAGGUAAUGGCAUUCAUGGGUACACUCAAGAAGCACAACUAUGAAGACGAUGAGGUCGUAGCAAUGGACGAAACAGAUUUGAUCAUAGAGCAGCUGAAUAGCGAGGAGUUCAGUGAUACCGGUUCAGAGUACUCAAUCGAAUCGGUAGAGCCAUCAACAACCUCUGAGGAUUUGAUCAACAGUAGCAUUAACAGCAGCAGUAGUAGUAACAAUGGUACAACAUCAGACAUCACUGACUUGGAGUUAGAUGUAGACAAUGAAAUAGAAUCACUGAAUAGAUCAACUAGUUCAUAUAAGAAUCUUGAAAAGACAUUCUUGGAGACAAUAACUGAGCAAGAAACUGUUAAGCAAGAAGAGGAAGUAGAAGAAGAAGAAGUAGUAGUACAACAAUUACAAACUAUACAAGAGGAAAAACAAGAACAAAUUCAACAAAAAAUAGAAGUACAAGAAGAGAUUGAUGUUGAGGAUCAAGUUGAACUCAAAGCUCAAGUCGAGGUUGAAGAGGAAUCAUCUAAUAAUGCCACUAUCUCACCAGACAAAGAAUCAGAUAGCAAUACAAAUACAUCUAUUGAUCAACAAUCCCAACAACAAAUAGCAUUAGAGGAUUUAACAACUGAAAUCAUUGAUAGUAGCAACAUUAAUGUAGAUUUUGAGAAUCUUAAAAUUAAUAAUCUUAAUAAUAAUAAUAACAAUACAUACAACGUUGAAAUAGAAGAACAGAUCACAGCAACAACAACAAUAACAAAAGACACAACAGAAAUAGAAGUUGAAGAAAAGAACAAUAAUAUUAAUAAUAAUAAUAAUAUUCAAGUUUUAGAAUCAUCACCAGAUACCAUAACAGGUGUGGUAUCUACAGUUACAACAACAGAGAGUUCCUCAUUGGGCACAAGCUCGUUGAACAGACAAACAAUCGAAACCGCUUCUAAUGUUGAGACCACCUCUUUAGAAGAGAUACCAACUACAAACAACAAGCUAGAAUCUAGUGAAAUACCAGCAUCUUCAACUGCAACAACAACAACAACAACAACAGCCACUACAAAGACAACUACAUCAUCUUCAUCGUCAUCAUUACAACCAAGAACAAAACCAGUUAUAGGGUCAUUAAAACAACCUAUUUCUGUUCAAAGACCGACAACAGCAACAACAUCUUCACCAUCAAAGAGUAUUCCUACUAAAUCAGUCACAUCAUCUACCACUACAACUGCAACACCAAAACCAUCAUCAGCUUUAACUUCAACAACAACAACUGUAUCGUCACCUAAGUUAAAAGCUGCAACCUCUACAUCGUCAACCGCAACUAGCUCAACAUCUGCAAUCAAACCUAAGAUAACAGCAACCAGCUCAACACCGACAACCCCAUCACCAAGUACAGCUACAAGCAAGAUAACUGGCUCUAUACCUUCACCAAAGACUAUCAAUUUACCAUCUUCAUCAACACCUUCCAAACCAAAACCAUCGUUCAAUUCAACUGUGAGAUCGACUCUAGCGACCAACAAUAACACUCCACAAUCACCAUCGAAAUCAUCUACUACAUCAGUUCCAACAAAACCAAUAUCAACGGUUAGCAAGCUACCACCUUUAAGACCAGCAUCCAGACAGUCUGCCGAGGUAAAGAAGUCAACCUCGUCAUCGGCCGUUCCAAUCGAUGCUGUAACCAUCACCACAACAACCACAACCAUUACAACCAUCGUAGAGACAUCUACAGUCGAAGAGGAAGAGGAUGAAAUCGUAAGUUUCGGUGAUUCUCUUGAUGUAGAUCUCGAUUUGACGCCAGAGACUAGCACCAAUGAUAAACCAGCAAAACCAACGACACCAACCAAAGAAGUUGAAAAGAAAGAUUAUUCUUAUCAUCGUAAUUUCCAUACAGUUACAAACUAUCCGACCUACAAACCUGCUGUAAGUGACAGUACCGAUAAGAUAUUCGCCGAGUUCCUCAACACUACCAUGAAGCGUAUUCUCCCGCCAUCUAUUGUCCUACCGAGACACAUCGAACGUAUCGCACCAAACAAAUACAAAUGGGGAGAUACCGUUGUCAACAUGCGUUGCGUAAACAACAUCAUUGUCGUGCGUGUUGGUGGUGGUUGGAUGACUUUGAAAGAUUUCUUGAUUCGUUAUAAUUCCGUCAUUACUGCUGCUGAUAUUGAAAAAGUAGCAGAACUUGAGAAUGAAUCAUCAAAUGAAAUGACAAAGUUACAGAUUCAAAAAUCAUAUGCAGAGAAUGGUGUUGUUAAGACGUCACAGGAUCUUUCACCAUCGAAGACCAAUAGUAAACCAGUUAUAAAGGCAUCAAAGAUUCUCAGAGCUGGUACACCUUUGCCGCAGUAUGGAAAUAGCCAAAGUAAUAUUCCACUGCGUUCAGGUACACCUUUACCAUACUCAAAGUCACCAUCAUCUUCUCCUAAUGGCAGCAGCGGUAAAGACAGCAAUCCUUUGCCAGGCAGUGGAGAUAUCGACUACAAGCUCGGUACUCACAGAACACAAGUUGCAUCCGGAACAUUAAGAUCUGUUCCCUCCAACUCACCCUCUAGAAUACCAACUAACAACAACACACCUACCAAAGGUAGAAUUAUCAAUUCAACAUCUGCACAAUCCUCUCCAACUAAAUCAACUAGUAAAUCAUCAUCAUUAUUAUCAUCUACUAUAAAAUCAUCACCAUCACCGUCAUCAAUAUCAUCGUCUUCAACUACCACCACAUCUACUACCCCCACUCAAAGUAAAUCUAAUUCCAUUUCUUCAACAACAAAAUCCAACACACCCACAUCUUCACCCAGCACUACAACAACAUCCACUACGAAAACGAAAAAAUCACCCAUUUCAAGUUUAUCUUCACAAACUAAAUCAAUAUUUGGUUUAAAAAAACAAGAUAAAUAA